CAUGUCUCAGGGUUUCCUGAUUCUGUCUUAAUUUCUCUAGACUUUUGUAUCUUGUAACCACCAGGUACCAGGUUUUUGAGAUGCAGUCUACAGUUCACAACCUGAAACGAUCCCUCCGAAAAUCUUUGAAGAUUGCUAUCAAUAAAUUGACGGACAAUGUGAAGAGAAACGAAUCGAAAAUAAUUACUGACAAGCUCUUGAAUCUGGAAAUUUAUAAGCAAAGCUCUAGAAUUUCUGUGUAUUUGAGCAUGCCUUCUGAAGUUGAUACUAACGAAAUCUUGAAGGAUAUCUUUCAGAAAGACAAAAAGUGUUAUGUUCCCUUGUACACAAAUGAUGAUAUGAAGAUGGUCCGUCUUCAUGGGAUUGAAGAUUAUGAGGCUUUGCCGCUCACAUCAUGGAACAUCAAGCAGCCACAUGAAAAUGAAGAACGUGAAACAGCAAUGGACAGUGGUGGUCUUGAUCUUAUUAUUCUUCCAGGGCUUGGCUUUUCCAAAGAUGGUCAAAGACUUGGCAGAGGAAGGGCCUAUUAUGAUAACUACCUAGCAAAACAUGUCAAUCUACAUCACAAGAAACCAUUCACUGUAGGACUUGCGUACAGUGUUCAGAUUUGUCCAGAGAUUCCUUGUACUGAAACUGAUGUCAAGUUGGAUAUGGUUUUGUAUCCAUGA